GUCCUGAUUCACUGCUCUGCUGGUGGAUCAAUAGAAAGGCUCUCUGUCAGGAGGAGCCGUUGCCUCCCCCCUUCACCUCACUAACUCUCCCCACCAACAGUCACAGCCUUCUGGGAAGCUGGAUUUCUACAUCCCGUCGUCCUGAAGAGGAUUUCCUCUGUCCAAUGGCUCACUCUAAAUCUCUGCACCUUCCGAGUCAAGAAAAAGAGAGAGAAAAAAAAUGCAUGUUGAGGUAACAAGCUUCUUAAAGAGUGAGGAAAGCACCACUUCAUCUGGGAACUAAAAAAUGAGAUUGCCGGAGAAAAUAGAAUGUCAGCGAUAAGCAUAAUGUGACAAAAAAGAAGAGGAGGAAAAGGGGUGAGAGAGGGAGAAGUUGUGCAUUCAGCUAACCCCCCUCCUCAGUCCGCCUCUUUCCACCCUCUGGAAAAGUCUCUCCCUCUCUCUCUCUCUACCUCUUUUCUCUCCGUCUCUCUGCAGCUGUGCUCUGCCGAGCAUCACCUCCACACAGCAAGUGCCUUUACUUCAGCAGAAGAGGGAGAAAGAAGAGGAAGGUGGCUGCGAGCUCCAGAGCACAAGAAACCUCAGGAGUGCGUCUGCAAGCGGCAGAGGAGUGCUUCUCUCUACUCUUCAUACAAAAGGGCUAAGGAGCACACAGAGACAGGGAAGAGGCGACUGCGUUGGAGUAACGCUGUGCCGGUGGUGCCGACUGGGGACAGGGUAAUCCACUGACACUGUUGAUCCUGGUGGCUCUGGCAAAAAGCUUCCAGAAGGAGACAGAGAAGCGGAAAAGCAGACAGGAUCUUGCCAAGGGGGCAGCAUUUUACUUCGGAAAACGAAGCGUGGCGACAGCAGAAACGCACACAGAGAGACACACUCACAAACACCAGAGUGGAAAAAGGACAGCCAGACACCCACCGCAUUUAAAAAUCCACUACAACCCUUCAGUUUCUUCUGACUUAACCAAGAAAAUAGGAAAAUGUCUCAUGUUGUUGCCUGUGGAUGACGGAUAUUAACUUCUUGGGAGAAAUUUGUCUUCUAAAGUAAGAUUUUUUUCAAACUUUGCUACUUUUUUUAUUUUUUGGAGUUGGGCCUGUAAACCGUCUGAGCACAUCACAGAUUUCUUCUUAGUUACAGAAAUGGAGAGUUGUCUUGGGGACCGUUGAGAUGCCUCCUCCUGAUUCAGAGUAGAAAGUGGAUUAUGACGGCAGUAUUUUGAGAUUUCUUCUUUGCACCAUAAUAAAAAAAAUCCAUCUACGUCUGCUGGAUUUAUGUCUGAGAGAAGGAGAAGAUCUCAGGCAUUUUCUCUUCUCCUGUGGAUUACCUACGGGUUUUCUCUCAUGGAUGAUUGCUUGCUGCCGUUUAUUAAAAAAAAGUAUGAAAAGGGACAAGUGAGUAUUGGGCUAGAUUUUUUCCCUCUAAAUCUUAAGCUUGAGUCCAAAUAAUGGAUGGCUCUAGUGAAAGCACAAUGAUGCAGCUUUUGUCUAAUCUAAUAACACAAAUUGAAACCCACUGAUUGAACAGUUAUGUUUAACAAAUGAUGAUUAAGGUGUAAAAGGUAUGCACAUCUUGACAUCUAUUAAUUCAUUUGACAAGUUGUCCUGGAUGUUUACACACCAUUUGCCAAUGAGCAUCAUUUACUAAAUGAGGGGUGCUGUCUACCCGGCAGGUGGCUUGGGCACAAACGGAGAUUGAUUGAAGUGAUCUCUGGGAAUCCAAUUAAUGUAUCCUGGAUUCUUUCCAAGACAGAAGCAAUGGAGGGGAAAACCACCAUCUAGUUUAAACUGAGAAACCUCUGCACUCCCCAGUCAGCAACUCUCCUCCUCCUUUCCCACCACCUUCAACCCAGGCAAGGAUGGUACCCCCACCCCCCACCAACAAGCCCCACGUUUGCCUUUCCACCAUUCUUAUCAUGAGCAGCAUGGCAUUAAUUGAUGCCUACCUGGUGGAGCAGAACCACGGACCCCGCAAGAUUGGCAUCUGCAUCAUGGUGAUGGUGGGGGACAUCUGUUUUUUGAUUGUGCUCCGAUACGUAGCAGUGUGGGUGGGCGCUGAGGUGCGGACUGCCAAACGAGGCUAUGCCAUGAUCCUCUGGUUCCUCUAUAUCUUUGUGCUCGAGAUCAAAGUCUACUUUGUGUAUCAGAACUACAAAGCAGACAGGAAGAGCUUGGACGCUCUCGCGAGGAAAGCCUUGACGUUGCUGCUGUCCAUUUGCAUUCCAGUGCUGUUCAUUGUGCUGGUGGCCAUCGACCACAUGGAGUACGUCAGGGCUUUCAAGAAACGGGAGGAGAUUCGCAAUCGCCUCUUCUGGGUAGUGGUGGACUUGCUGGACAUACUGGACAUCCAAGCUAACCUAUGGGAGCCUCAGAAGAAAGGGCUUCCUCUGUGGGCAGAAGGCCUCAUGUUCUUCUACUGCUACAUUCUGCUCCUUGUGCUGCCCUGUGUGUCUUUGAGCGAAAUCAGCAUGCAGGGCAUAAAUAUUGUCCCCCACAAGAUGCUACUGUACCCCAUCCUCAGCCUGGUGACCAUUAACAUUAUCACACUCUUUAUCCGCGGAGGGAACAUGUUUCUGUACAGGGACGCAAGAGUAUCCGGGAUCCUAAUCGGAAAGAACAUAUUGGCCAUCAUCCUAAAGACCUGCAGCUUUGUGCAGUACAGAAGACAGUUGCAGAACGCUCCUCCUGCCUUUGGAGUGGAGUUGCAGAAAAACUCAGUAGCACAAGCUCGUCCUGCGCCCACUCCACCUCAAGUGGUCAUGCAGGACCAAACGCCUCUACCCGAAGUGACAACCUGUGAACACACAUGACAUAAUGUAGGGGGUGAACCCUACGAAAUGUCAAUAUGAGUAAAUGGGACUCUCAGGAUGCUGGCAGGGAGCAGUGUUCCACACCUUUUAGGUCGUGUGAACAUGCAUGUGUACACACGGGAGAUCAUGAUCCCUGAUGCUUAAUGGCACACAGGACACUGCAGACACUUAGUGCAGAUAGAGCAGUGCUGUCACAGCUGCAUUACUGAUGACUCAAAGCAUUUCCCAUGGUGAAUUUAAUUACCUGUGUAUUUUUUCUAUAUGUACAAAGAAAAAGAAAAUCUACUGCAAAAAAAUAGAGAGUAUAUUUUUGAAUUGUGUGUUGCAUUCCAAUCGAAAACCUAAGGGUCUGUGUGCUGUGGCGUGUAUUUCUGUUUCUCAGUUGUUUCUUAGUAGUCGAGGGCUUUACCUUGUCAAAGUGAGACGAGACCCAAUGAGAAAAUCAAAGUAAUGAGGGUAAAAAGCAGUGGUGAAAGAAGUGCGUUUUUAUAUGUGACUCUUUGAUCAAAUACUGUGUAAAAGAUAAAGGCUUUCCUGCUUUCUCACUGGCUGUAAGAGGGUUUUGUCAUAAAAUCAUUUUAAAAUUA